AUGCAAAUUCACAAGUUCAUGUCCGACACGGAGGAUCUGUUGGAGUGGAUUGCAGCAAAGUCACCGCAGGCCCGAAGCCGAAACAUCGGAAUCGCCCUACUUGGCAAACUGUCCGGCAAAACUGCUGACGAGGAGGCUCAGAAAGCGAGUAGCCUAGAGAAGGCGCGCAGCCAACAGGAGAAACUUCGUCAUGAAAUUUCUGCUAUGCAAAAACAGAUGGACAAGCUGGACAGAGAACAGACGCGCCUGAACCAGGAGUACCCCAGUCGCGCCGAGGAGGUUCGUACGCGAUGGCAAGCGGUACAGACCGCGUGGGACGCUCUGAGGCAAUCUGCGUACGAGCUGACAGAAAAAGUCCCCUCUGCAAAGAUCGUAAUCAAUCAGAACUCUCAGAAGCUGGCGACAGCCUGGACUCAAACUCAGUCCGUGUGGACCACUCGGAAUGCCCUCUAUGAAAAGAACGUCGAGUUACGGAAACUGCUGUCCGAGAUGAAUGAAAUUGAGUCCUGGCUUGAAGAACAGGAAGCACGGCUAAAAAACCUCAAUUUGGCAUCUGAACAGCCAGGUUUCAAUGUAGACAAGGCUAUGAAAGAACAGGAUGACAUUGAGCGGGCAGUUGAGGACGCUAGACAACGCGUGGAGGCCAUUAAACGCAAGUGCGCCGUGGAGAAUGUCAGCUUCGAAUUGCUUAAAUUCGCUGCAGCACGCGCUGAAGGUGCUGAGGGCAAAGCAAACAGCGGCAUCAUCUCAGACGCCCGAGUGGCAGAAAUCCGACGCAGGGAAUCCUCCAAGAUCAUUCAGUCUAGACCAAAGUAUGCAAACCAGGUUAAAGAAGCGCCAUCAUCGACAGUUAAGAACAUAUUCGGAUCUCUUCUCGCAGACGCAGACGGAGGCCCUGGAAACAGCUCGCCCCAGCGGCCAGGUGCGGAGGGUUUAAUUAAACCAAAUAUCAGACCGUCUGCCGAUGAGGCACAAACGAGACAAACAAAUACGCCUGGUGUGGCACCUCCUACGCCGUCAGUCUCGAAUCAGAGCGCAAACGCAAGGGUUCCAAUCAUCGCUGCUUCCAGCAUUUCCUCGCCAGCCAAUAUGUCUAGGCAGUCCAGUCUGGACGUUGACACCAAUAGCACCGGUCACAGCGGUGCACGCAAUGACGUCAAGUGUACCGGAAUACUGUCGCGCAAGGUCACUAGCAACCCAAAGAAGAGUAUCAACAUUUUUAAGAAGUUGAUUGCCACUGAGGAGCCGGGUCAGCAAGCCGUUCUCAGUGGAGCGACCCUCUUCUUUUAUGAUAACUUGACAGACUCAUCUCAUUCGGCGCCAACAGCCAGAUACGACGUUCGGGGUGGUCGUUUUGACAAAAGCCCUGCAACUCAAAAGGCGGGCAAAUCUCGGCGGUAUGAACUGAAGGCAACGCUCGCGGAUAAAACAGAAAUGACGCUUGGUGCGCAGACUGAAGAAGAGCUGGAUAAGUGGCUACGAUGCCUCAACGAAAGUGCUGUUCUCUGCUUUCUUAAAAUAUCCGAAGAACUGGAGACACGCAUGAAUGCCCGUUAA